CGGAAAUGACAGCUAAAUGUAAACAACGCAUUUUCGGUUUUUAGUGUUUUCUUGAGUGAAAGCAGGUACCUAGUUGAAGGUAUUAUUCGCAACCGCAACCGUUCCUCCACCAAAAAGGAAGUUGUUUCCGUAGUUUUAUUGUAAGCAAACUACCCACAAUGAUCAGCACAAGUAACGAAUUGCUACGAAACAUUGCUGCACUGUGCCGGGUAUGCUCGGCCCCGGGAUCGCACAGUCUCUUCGCGAAAAUACCACCCUAUCUGCAUGAACACCCGCGGGAGUGUCCCCGGUGGACGUUGCCGAUUUGCAAACUGCUCGCCGAGGUGACCGGUAUCGAAAUCAGCGAAGACGACGGACUACCGCAGCGAAUUUGCGUCCUAUGUAUCUCCUAUCUGAAGCAUGCCUACAUUUUCCGGCGGCAAACGAUCGAUAACGUAGCCGCUGUCCUGGCGGCGCGAUAUUUGAUUGGCAUUGAAAUGCGACAGGGAAAGGACGGCAGCCUCAAAACUAAAGAUACAGAACUCGUUCCCACGGCGGUUUUUGUCCCGGCAGUGAUUGCCAGGACCGAGGUGGCCGAUGUUGCCAAUAGAAUGAUGAAUGUGGCCACGAACGGGUCAAUUUCUUUUCGGAAAAACUUAGACAAAGAAGUAAUUCGGCAUAUUAUGGGCGGAAGUGUAAAAUCCAAAAAGAAAAAUAAUGCUGAAGAAGAGCAGCGAUACAUUCAAGAUUUUGAAACAAGCAGAUUGCAAGCUUCUCCUGUUGGUACUGGAGGUUAUUUCACGUACACAGAGAAAGAAUUCGAGGAGGACGAUGUCAUGGAGUUAGAUGUUCUGAAAGAGCACAACAUAUCUUUUAAUCUGCCGGUUGAUUAUAAAGAGAAGAAAUGUCCUUCCUGUAAGAAGAGAUUUAUGUUCGAUGACUCGUUGAGCGAGCAUCUGGAGAAAUGCCUCCAAUUUACGCUUAUUAAAUUUAUCCGAGAAGUUUAUCAUCUGCUUUGUCUUAAGGAAAACCGUGCAAUUUCGUCGUUCGAAUUUAUUCGUCGGGUGGUGUUUGCCAUUCGCCGAAGCGUCCAGCAAAUAGCACCUUUAAAUGACGCAAUCGCAGACAAAGAGGAAGAAGAGGAGAAUGAAAUGCCAACGGCGGAGCAGACCGUCGAAGAGCCAACCGAAAUUAAGCGAUCUUACUUAAAGAACCUAGAAAAACUGCGCAUGAAUUAUAAUCAAGAAGGAAAUAAAAUUCCUUCGCCAGCGCUACCGCAGCCUAUCGAGGAUGGACGAAGUUCCAUCACAACCGGAUCUACCUCAAUUUCCCCAAUCGUUACGGUUACGCGUUGCGAAGAGUGCCAGGUCCAGUUUGAAACAGUCACUGAACUGGAAGCGCACAAUCUCAACUAUCAUCGUGGACUUCCGGCAGCCUCAGUUGCGCUGAACAAUCAGCAGCCCGUUUCACCAUUUCCCAAGCAUAUUUUGCUGCUAGCAGCAAAGGAUGUUCCGUUGAUCAAAAAUCGGCUUCUUUCCGAUACGCCGGAACCGAUCGCUGGUGGCGACAGCCCUGGUGAAGAUACCUUCAAGACGGUGCAAUGUAGUACGUGCAAAAAACGCUUCCACAUGAUCUCCCAGUUGGACGAGCAUCGGAUUCGAUGCCACAGCCGGAAGUCUCCUCGACAACAUUCCGGCCAGGGCAGUCCUGUCGAUCGUAAUCGAAAAAAUUUAAACGCUAGUUAUUUUCACACAAUGGAACAACUGAAGAACGUUAAGUAGCCCGUACAAAGAUAUUACUGUUUGUAUUAAUUUUAUUUAGUGACCACCCCAAGUUAACAGAUUUACCCCGUGUUUUGUUUCAAUUUUUAAACUAUUUGACCACGAUUGAUUUGUAAUAACGCUUGUAGAUUUUAUAGACUGAAAACGUGUAAUAAUGCUCAAUUAUUUGUCGGUCACCGCUUCGCGAUGAAAUAUACAGAAAUGCUUGUAUUA